GCAGUUGGGAUCUCAUCUCUUGCAGCCAUGAUUCGUGGUAGAAAUUCGGUAGCAGGGUAAAGGUACGUUCAAGCGCCACGUAACUCAUAGUAUAAUGGUUUAGACUGGUAUUGAAUAAAGCUACAAGAAGAAGAUUUAUCUCAACCGCAAUUUUGGAAAUAAAUUACAUCCAAAAGUUGUGAGUUCAUGAAGUGGAAUUUAAACAAGAGCUGCUGACUUACCAACUGGCAGUAGCUGCACCUUAAAGAAGGAUUCUUGCCAAUGUCCUACACAUGUGAAUUGGAGAUGUCUUUUAUAUGAUGGAGUAAAAUUACAACCAGAAAGAUGAGUUUACCUCGACCAUCAGGGCUAAAAGCGCCCUCUAAGAUCGGCAAACCUUCAGGCAUGCCGACCCCACGUCCUUCAGGUACAAGCAUUCCAACUCCUGGUUCUGUGCAUAAAGUGCAAAGUGCAAUAGCUAAGAGUGCUCGCGCUGCAGGUAUCAGUGCCGGACAUGCAGAAAAGUAUGCUGCCGACGUCGUGUAUACGCUGAAAGGCCCUGAGCUGCCGAACCCCCCACCUCCAGCUGAUGACUUCAUCAUCGGGGACAGAAUCUGGGUAUCUGGCAAUAAGCCAGGAUUCAUAGCCUUCCUGGGGGAAACCCAGUUUGCUCCUGGAGAAUGGGCCGGAAUAGUGUUGGAUAAAUUUGAUGGAAAAAACGAUGGAUCAGUUCAGGGUGUUAGAUACUUUCAGUGUGAAGCGAAACGGGGGGUGUUUGCCCGAAUUUCAAAGCUAUCACGGACACCCAAUCUGAUGCAGUCAACUGGUCCGAGACCAGAGGAUAACAUGUCCGAGUCAGGACAGAAUUCUGUGAAAGCAACCCCAAAUGGUUCUCACAUGAGACCCACAACACCAAAAAUUGGAUUAACUGCUAGUAGAGGACCUUUAGGUUCGACAUCCAGUCUGUCAAAGGCACCAAUGUCACUUGGAGGAAAACCAACAUCUGCUGGGAGUAAACCUGUGUUAAAGAUAGGUGACCGUGUGUUAGUAAGUGGGACUAAAAUGGGCACUCUCAGAUAUGUAGGGUUCACAGACUUUGCCAAAGGAGACUGGGCAGGUGUAGAACUGGAUGAAAAGCAGGGUAAAAAUGAUGGUGCUGUGGCAGGCAAAAGAUAUUUUGAUUGCCGCCCCAUGUACGGACUGUUUGCUCCGUUACACAAAGUCACACGCCUCACAUCUGGAUCUGGGCCCGGAGUAGGUACAGGAAGUACCACGCCGAGCCCACAGGCACGUUCCCUUAUGAACACUAGUUUACGGUUGUCACGGGAAAAAAGUGGGAGUCAGGAAUCGGUCAGCUCCAUCAGUUCCUCUGCAUCCAGUGUGUCACGAAGUCGGGUAAGACUUGGAGUGACGUCAUUGAGUAAUCAGUUGCCUCUCCGUCGUAUCCAAAAAAAGUCACCAUCACCGAAUUCACCGGCCAAAACCAGCCAGCGACCCAGCACACUUAACCUCUCGGCCACCACAACAGCUCUACAGAAAGCUUUGAAGGAGAAGGAGGAACAUAUAGAACAGCUGCUUAGAGAACGGGACUUGGAGAGGGCGGAGGUCGCUCGUGCUGCAGCCCACGUGGACGAGGCUGAGGGGGAGCUGACUACCAUGCGUGUUCAGAAUGAGCGUCUGCGGGAGGACACAGAUGAUGCUGUGAUUAAAUUAAAGACUACUAUCCAACAGUUGGAGAAGGAGAAAGCAGAAUUUUUGUGUAAACUGGAGGACGAGAAAAGGAAAGUCGAGGACCUUCAGUUCCAGAUAGAAGAAGAAGCUAUAACCAAAGAUGAUCUAGAGUCAAGGACUGAAGAAGAGGAAGCCAAGCUCAAGGAUCUUGAGAAGUCUCUUCGGAGGGAGAAGGAAAGGGCGGACAAAUUUGAACAGGAACUCUUUGGUUUGAAGGCUCUGCUGAAGGACAAGGCAGAAAGGCUAACUGAAACUGAAGAUCAGAAUAUAGUUUUCCUUGACCAGAUUGAGGAACUUACUCAUAAAGUAUCUCAGGCCGAGAACAAGGUCAAAGGCUUUGAGUCCUCAAGACUAGAGGAAGGGGCAAAGACCAGCCAAGUAAGCAUUGAGCUUGAGGAGAAGGCAACGAAAGUGACGGAGCUGGAAGACACGCUCUCCUUACGUAACCGAGAAGUCAAAGAGCUUCAGAACAAGCUCAGUGAAUUGAAUGAAGAAGUUAAAACCAGCACAAUACGCAGACAAAAGUUGCAGGAAACUAUUGACAAUUUAUCAGCACAACUCGCAAACAGUGGGGAUGCAUCAAACAGUCUUAACACAGAAAUACAAAAUCUCAAAUCACAAAUGUCAGAUUUACAACGAAAAUUAGACUCGAGUAAAGACAAGGAACAACAGCUGACAGACGAGAAGAAUCAGCUGGAACUACAAAUGAGCGAUAUGAUGAGAAACUCCGGUGAUAGCUCAAAACGUCUUUCUCUGAUGAACGAUCAACUCACAGAGAGGAAUAGAAAAAUUCAGGAGCUACAAACAGACUUGUCGAAUUCUACUCAAAAAUGGGGAAGAAUUAACGAUCAACUCACACAACUUCAGUCAGAGAGAGAGAGGGAGAAAGAGAAUUUAAUUAGUAAACAUGAAGAAAAUAUCAACACAUUUAAGAGUCAAAUUGAAGACAUGCAAAGAGCCUUGGAUAAAGCCAACAAUAAAAUGAAAACAAAGUCAGAAGAUUUUGAAAAAGAAAAGGAAGAAGCCAUACAACGUAAACAAGGGGAGAUCAACAGCCUUAAAAAACAACUGGAACAAAACCGAGAGGAACUCGACAAACAGGAAGUCCAGACACAGGCACACAAACGGGUGUUAGACACCAUUACCAUAGAAAAGGAUGCUCUACAGUUUGAGAAGGAAAAGGCCGAGAAACAAGUUAAGCGUCUUGAAGCAGAGAAAGAGACGCUGAACGGAAACCUUAUCCAUGCUCGUGUAGAGGUCACCAAGACACAGUCCACAUAUGAAAAACUUGAAGCAGAGCACAAAAACGUGAUGGAGCAGAUCUCUGACCUUAAGUCUGAGAUUGACAAAUCUAACAAGUCAAAAAAAGAGUUGCAGAAACAGAAAGACGACAUUCAAUCAGAGAAAGACGCAGCCAUUACUGAGCGAGAGAGUCUACAAAGGGAGGUAAUAGAGGGCAAGGUCACACUACAACAGAAGGACAUGCAGAUUGAGGAGCUACAGAAAAAAUCGGAAGAUCUACAAAGAGAGGCUGAUAAGCUAAGAAUGGAGACAAGCCAACACGAGGAGAGGAUAUCACAGUUAUCGGAGCAGGAAUCCACCACAGGGGAGUUACAGACACAGCUUGAGGAAAACAAAGACAAGGUAGUGGAGCUCCAGCAGAAACUAAAAGACAUGGAAGGAGAGAGAGACUCUAUGAAGGCACAGCUAGAAUUCUCCAACUUGGUCGCCGAAGAACGCAAACGGCUUGAAGAUCAGAAUGUGCAGCUGUCCAAGGAUGUGGAGACAUUACAGACACGAUUUAGUAAAGAGCUGGAGAAACAUGAUGCUGCCAAAACAAGCCUACAGACGGAGCUCGAUAACUCUUCACAGCUGUUACAACAGAAGAGUGAAGAAGUUGAAACUUAUCAGAAACAGAUUGCAAACCUUAAGAAUGAGAAUUCAUCGCUGGAAGUGUACCGGUCAUCAGUGUCGGCCCUGGAGGAAGAGAGGUUGGAGCUGCGAAACGUUGUCAAGAGUUUGGAGCAAGCUGUUAAGGAUGCUAAGGCAGAGGCUAAAGCAGCCUCCGAGGCAAAGAAUGCAGUGGCACAGGCCAAGGCCAACAGUGUGGCAGUCACAGGUGAUGCCCUUACUGCAAAGCUCCAGGAAGAGAAAGCAGCUGUGGAGGGACAGGUGGAUUUCCUCAACUCUGUCAUUGUGGAUCUACAGAAGAAGAAUUCAGAACUGAAAAUUCGUCUUGAAGCCAUGGAAGUUGGUGCUGUAACCAAUGGCAACAGUAACGACUCCAUGGAAGUAACUCCAAAAGCGAAGGCGCCUCCGCGUCUGUUCUGUGAUAUUUGUGACGUGUUUGAUGAACACGACACAGACGACUGCCCCAUGCAGGCGAUGGAUUAUGAGGAACCACCACCAUCCCAACACCAUGGUGACCGCAAGCACAUGCGCUCCUACUGUGAUAUCUGUGAAGAAUUUCACGAGCCCUGUGUCCUGCCAGAAGGCAUAGUUGAUGAUGUUUUGAGCCCAAUAAAGGUCAAUAUUACACAUGCUCAAGAUUUCGACAAAGGCGAUGGUCAUCCAGAAACUACUUCUCGUCUGCGUGCUGACGAAAGUGUGUAUAAACAUGGAAUAUCAGAAGACCCGCCUGUUGCUGAGGACACAGAAAUGGAACAGGGCGAUGAACAUGAUGAUGACAAUACAUUGGAUUUGAAUCGUGAUAAAGAUGCUUAUGAAGCUCUACUGAAACCUGAAGACCCCGACGCCCAAUAUAUAUCGGACGAGGACUUGAUUGAAAAAGGAGAUUUCGUUAAAGGUGAAAGGGAAUUCAGCGAUGAGUAUCCACAUGAAUCCGAAGAGAAACCAACACUUUCGGAUUUUCCUGGCGAUAUCUAUGAUGACAACGACGAUAAAAUCAUCGAAUCAAGUGACAAACGUGAAGGUGUGGACGACGAAUUGGAUGAUAGUUUUGUCGAUGACUCUGUAGAUGAAUUUCUAGAAUUAGAAAAACAGCUAGCGGCAGAAUGUGAACAAGCGGAUUCUGGAGUCCCGUCAGAUGUUGAGCACGGAUUAGAAGAACAACCUUCAGGAUACGAUGAGUACAUGCAAGCAAUGCAAGACCUUUCUAGUCAGAAAAGACAGAAAGAAAAAAAUCCGUCCACUCUCGAUGAAGUAAGACAUGAAGGUAAAUGUGGGAGUGAAGAUGCUGAAACGCAUUCAGAACCCACCAACGACCAAACGCGAGAAACUCCCACUGUUAAAUUGGACAAUGAUGAUUCAGAAACACAAGCAGUCAAGCCAAAAACUGUUUCAGAUGCAGUAUACCAACAAGAAAACUAUGAGGCAGAAGGAAAUAUCAAUUCUGUUGCGAACGAUGACGUCAUCGGUGACGAUAGCAAGAACGUGGAAAUGAGAGGGCAUCCGUCCGUAUCUUCUGCUGACUUUCAUUCGGGUAAUGAAAGCGUAAACACAGACAUUCAAAGCGACGUUACAAGGGAUGACGAAGUCGAGUCUGAGGAUGACGUCACAGCUUAUGAAUGCGCUUCAGAUGUGCCAGAAGGAACUUUGAAACAGAUAGGUGACGAAACUGCAAACCUUGCAGUAAAUGUUCUAAAAGAUGACGAUAUCGUAGAAAAGAUCGCUGAUAAUGAAUCGCAAAAUCAAGAAGAAUGUCUCGAUCCGACUGAAGAACAGAAAGAAGAUGUUUCGGAAAGGGAUGAUGAAACACAAGGAACGGAAAUGGCGGGCGCGGAUAUGCAUGGCCUUCUAUCUGAUGAUAAGGAUGAGAAGUGCAAAAUCAGUUAGACCAUGAUAUGGAACAUCUUUCUAUAAAGGUUGCUCAAGUAGAUAUUUGCUAUUAUUUUGAUUUCUGUUUCUACUUGAUCAAUUCCAUCUUCUUUUUUUCGUUUGAACUUAAAACUUCAGCGUGUUGUGAAUUUUACUAAUAAAUGUUUUAUGACUAAUACAUAAUCGUAACAUACAUACAUGUGUAUACUUAUUAUUAUAAAGUCACACUAUUGUACCAUAUGUCCUUCAUUAUCGUUUGUGUUCUAGAAAAUAUAAACUAUGUUUGACAACAAUUGAUAUUGUAUUGUUAAGUACACUAUAUAUUGAGGACAAAACAGUCAAUAAUUGUGCUAUACUACAUGAAGCUACCUUUCCAGUAUUCUCAAGCUGUGUCCUAUUUUGUUUGAAUAUAUAUUUAAAUAGAUAAAUUGUCGUUGUUGCGUUGAAUAAAAUAUUAACAACAGCUGUCUUGAUAGUAAACAGGUGUUAUUUUGGUCGUAAUAAACUGUCAGAUUGUGUUUGAAGCAUCGGCUAACAGCUUCAUAAAGCAUUUCGUUCAGAAAUAUAUUAUCCUUCGAUUUGAUAUCAAAACUUACUUUUUAUUUAUUUUAAGAGAUAUAUUUGAUUUUUCGAAAAUUCUUGUUUCAAACAAAGAUAUCAAUAAGUUUUUAAUAUGCUUUUAGUAAGUAGAUUUCAUCUGGAAUGAGUAAAAUAUGCGAACCGUGAGUCGGCUUUGUAGACAUGUACUCGUACGUGUUUAAUGUACACUGUACCUGCUGAUUAUUAAGAUGACAGAUGCAGUUAGAUGUAACAUUUUGUACUUUUGUUUUCAAACACGAAAGUCAAGAUAGAGAGAAAAAACUUAACAAAGAUUUGUCAGCGAUAAGAACCAUUUUGCACUGAUGGUAUCGGUCGCUCUUCUUUGAACUUGAAAGUGCUAAUAGAAUGUUUGUCGCAACUGCUAGUGUACAGCGAUAUAUAUUUCGUGCAUAUGUAAAUGUUUAUUCGCCUACGUGCAAUGUACUUUAAUUUGCAUUGCGAUGAUGCAUGUAAUAUAAAAACGGUUACCUCCAGAUUUCAAUAUACGUAUCUGUUCAUUCCGUAUUUAUUAUUAUAGUACUAUGUCCUCAAACGUUGCUGUUACCUUUAAACAUUUGACAUUGUGUUAAUUAACAUCAUCACAUAUUUAAUCUAAAAAUAUAUUCUACGUCUUGUAAUAUCUUUGGCGUUUAGUGGAGCAAAACCGCCAAAUCAUAUUGACAAUCAAUGACGCAACCAUCAUAAAAACAAUACAUUCAGUUUGUCUUAUGAUAACUUUCCAUACGCAUUAUUUCCAUAUAUAUAUAUAUAUAUAUAUAGAAUAAAGUUUAAAUGUCUAUGUGACGGUAAAUAUUAAUGAAAUAAAAAGCCAAACACAGAUCUGCUGUCUCCCUAGUACUUUCGCGGUUACAUCGUGCCGCUCUUCAGAGAAUUUUCGAUGUAGCCGCGAAAGCACUAGGGAGACAGCAGAUCUGUGUUUGUCUUUUUAUUUAUAUAUAUAUAUAAAUAUAUGCUAUAAAUUCUUUAUAUAAUGUUCUAAUAAUUGCUAUUAAAACAUUUUAUUUCAAUUCGCUAUGUUAAUUAUAUUUCCGUACGUAUAAUUUCCAUAUGCUUAUAUUACAUAUAUGCUAUAAAUUCUAAUUUUUGAUUAUUUGCCAUAUUUUUUCUAACAUGUAUUCGUAAAAUGAACUUUGUUUGCUUUAUUCAUGCAGCGUGGUUUGACUCUUAUGUGGUUACAUAUUUAUUAAGAAUAGUCAGAGAUAAAUAUGCUCAAACAUUCAUCCCUUUGUCAUGUAACUUUGUUUUUUAUUCAUAAUAUUUAUUGUAUACAUGAUAAUCUUCUAUUCAGAGUAUUACUUAUAUCGAGGACUUUAUCAAGUUUUGUUCCUUUAAUCACAGAUUAAUGUUAAUUUGUGAGCUUUUACAUUUAUAAUUAUCAAAACUGAAUAAUAUGUCCGCACAUCACUUUCUUUGGAAUCUUUUCAAAUGUUUGCAUUUUUAAAUGUUAGAGGUUGGGGUUUUAUAAACUAAGGUACAUCAUUGUAAUGAAAUAAAAAGUCGGGCAUAUAGAUCAUACAUAUAUAGUAUAACCAGAAUUCAAAUACAUUGUAUUUCAGUGAAAAAUAUAACUAUCGAGUGUUUUAUUUAGAUUUGACAUUUAUUUUUACCUACUAAGCUUCCUCUGUUUAUCUCUAGCUACAGGUAGGUACCAGUCACUUUGUAGCUAGGUAUCAACUCUUUAUAUCACUCACAAGUCCUAGUAGGAGGAAACAGCUAUAUGAUGCAAUUUUGGCUCUACUGAAUGUAAAUCCCAAUUUGCUCCAUUCUGUUACCCCGUAAUACCCUUUUUUAUAUCCAGUGUUUACUUAGUGAUAACAUCUGUCAAACAUCUGAUUAAAAAUAUUAUAGUAUUCAUCACACAGUAGGAAAGCCACGUCGAUAGAAAUGCAAAUUUCAUUGAAAUGUAAAAUUUAAUAUCGUUAAGCUUGAGAUACGACGGAUCAAUGCAUGUGUCUAGCAUGUGUUAAGAAAAUAUAGGUUCUAUGAGAACUGUGCUAUAAGGCUCAUCACGCCAGGUUUCAUCUAUUUACAAAAUUGUAACUUUAUCUGGGUGUUUCAAGGUGACCUUCAUAUCAAAAUGAAAGGUCAUUUAUUGUUAUAAUGGUGCUAGAUUUUGUAGAUAAACUACUAAACAAAACUACAAAAGCAGGAAAAUUUUAUUUAGAAUAAUCCGAAAGUCUUUAUACUACGGAAGAUUAAUGUUUUGUUUCAUAUUUUAUAUUUUAUGUAUAUACAUUUUGUCCACUAAGUAUGGUUAAACAGUAAAAUAAAAAUGUAUUAGAAUAAAUUACGUUGGAUUGUAUUCUAAUUGCGGACCGGUCGUCAACACAGUAUUAUACAUGUAGUUCCUGUUCCUGGUGUCUUCAUUAUUAUGAUAUAUAACGCCUACAAGACGAUAAGGUUGUUUUCCCAAUGCACAGUGUUGUUAAUCCAUCAAUGUAGAAUAUCAAUGACUUGGAGCUAAAAUUGUCUGAACUUAAGAAGUGUAUAAUUAUGUUAAUUAUCUUAAUCUACGGUUUGCGGUGGGCCUAAUAUACUUAAUAAAUGCAAGUUUAUAUAUAACAUUUAUUCCAUAUACACAUGAUGCAUAUAUGAUAGAUUAUAAUUACGUAACUAUUGAUAACAUAUACAACCAGUGGUAGAUACUCUAAUAAACAUCAUAUGAAAUCGUUAUUAAUACACACCUGGACUUUCAUAUAUGAAUGAUGUGCUAGUAAUUUUAUUUUCUGAAGGUAGCGAUAAUAUAAUAUUUAACAAUGAUCAUUGGAAUAAAAAGUCUGUAUUACAGUGCCGCGUUGCGAAAUAUAUCUGAACUAUACACAUAACUCUAGAUUGUAUAGAAUUAAAGAAGAAUGUUUCCUGACUAUGUUAUUUACCUUCCGUCCAAAAAGAGUUCAUCAGUCAAAAACAAAUUUUAAUAACAUAUUAAAGUUUGUUAUUUUAUGCAUUUAAGUUAUUCAGUAUUUUCUAUGAUAUUAAACGUUUUGAAAUAAUGUCUCUAAAACAAAUAAUAUGUUAAGAUAUGUCAUUAAGGGAAAUAACAUUAACAUAAAUCGCAGGUGUUAGGUAGCAUAUUCCCUUAAGGAAGAUAUCUCUAACACGAAUCGGAGAUAUAAUCUAGAUACUUAUUAUAUAUAUUUUCUAUAGAAACAGAGCGUAUUCCAAAGAGCAAAUUUAGUAUACAUAAUACACCUACACUGAUAUAUAGAUGUUAUUGUGUCUUUGUGAUGAACUGCUGUAUCAACGCGCUAGGUCAAUACUGUCAAUAUUAAAUACACCGCAGAGAUCCCUCUGGACCUCAGACAAAAUCAAUGAUAGUCAAUUUAAUGAGACGCCAGGCGGUGUGAAUCCGGUACAUAUACUGCCGAGUGUAUAAUUUGUGUUUGAGACUUGAUCACGGUUUCCUGCAAUUCUGUUAAAUGGGUCAACCGUUUAAUACGAUCAAACAAGCUAUCAAUAUUUAUUGAUACAUAAAUGCUCUUUUCCCUUUGGAGAAUUUACACUAGAUUUGGGUAUUUUGUGUCAGUGUUGAAAAAAUAGGAAAUAUUCAUUUUGUCAUACACUUUUCGACAAAUAAAAUAUGUUUUAAGUAAUAUUAAUUAAAGAUAAUUAAUCUGAAGGUCCGAUGUCUAAAGUUGUAACAGUCAAUACGUCUGCACUGUGUUACAAUAGUGGGUGGGACCACAAUGGUAAGUAUUGCAAUACACAUCCCUUAUUAUGACGUCAGUAAUUAUCAGGAUCAUAGCCCUUUCUUCUCGCCAUUGUCUGUUUUAAUGUAUUAAAUUUCGGAUAUGAUACGAAUGAAAAUAUAUAUUGUAUAAUAAAGCUACAGUAAUAACUAUGGAUAAUUGCUUAUAAAGAGGGUAUCAAUGACUAUAACUUGAUAUCAUUAUUUUGAGUUUUACUAAUUUUAUCGUUAUGCUUUUGUACAAUCCUGUUGAAUCAAACAAAGAAAGACAAGCUGAAUUGACAAACCAUUGGAAAGGAUCAUUUUGUCGCUAGCGUACCUACUAAUUGUCAAUGUUUGUACGUUUCGACGCUGUAUAAUGUGACCUUGAAUCAAGUAUGUAAUUAAUACAUUUGUAUGUACAUAUAUACAUGUAUAUCACAGUUUUAAACAGGUUGGGGUCUCGAGUUAGAAAAUGUUAAGGUAAAUUAUCGUUAAUUAUCCAAUUGAUUACUUGUAUAUCGGUGAGUGUGGACAUUAAAAGGCUUUAAGUAUCA